AAUAUAUAUGUAUUUAUUUGUUAGAUAUUUAAAACAUGAAUAGUAAUCUUACAACUGCAUCAACUUUGAAACUUGCAAGAUGUUUACGAAGAAGCUCUACAGCUACACAAGGCAAAAGACAAAUGAUAUUUAGUACGACUCAUGAUUAUGUUAUUGUUGGAAGUGGAUCUGCUGGAUGCGUUCUUGCGAAUCGCUUAUCUGAAGAUGGUUGUAAUAAAGUGUUAGCAUUGGAGGCUGGCCCUCGUGAUGCUUGGUGGAACUGGAAAAUACACAUGCCAGCUGCUUUAACAUAUAAUUUAUGCAACGAUAAGUACAAUUGGUAUUAUCACACAGUUCCACAAAAACAAAUGAAUGAUAGAGUGAUGUAUUGGCCUCGUGGCCGAGUUUGGGGUGGCUCAUCUGCACUCAAUGCAAUGGUAUACAUCAGAGGCCAUGCAUAUGAUUAUGACAGAUGGGAGAAAGAAGGAGCUGAAGGAUGGUCCUACGCUGAUUGUAUACCUUACUUUAAAAAAGCACAAACACAUCCGUUAGGUGAAGAUGAUUACAGAGGGGGAUCUGGUCCAUUGCAUGUCUCUAGAGGAAAAAUGAUCAAUCCAUUAUACAAUGCAUUUAUAGAAGCAGGACAACAAGCUGGUUAUCCUUAUACCAGUGAUGUAAAUGGUUACCAACAAGAAGGUGUUGGCCCAUUUGAUAUGACUAUUAACAAGGGUAAGCGAUGGAGUGCCUCUCAGGCUUAUUUGAGGCCAGCUCUGAGGAGAAAGAAUUUGUUUACAAACACUGGAGCGGCAGUAACUAGAAUUAUAUUUGAAGGAACAAAAGCAGUGGGAGUUGAAUAUGUACAGGACCAUCAAAUAAAACGUGCAAAGGCUACAAAAGAAGUUAUACUUUCUGGUGGAGCAAUAAACACCCCACAAUUACUUAUGUUAUCUGGUGUGGGUGACGCUUCAGAGCUAUCCGAACAUAAUAUUCCAGUGGUGGCAAAUCUACCGGGUGUAGGUAAAAAUUUGCAGGAUCAUUUGGAAGUUUACAUUCAAAACCAUUGUACCCAACCAAUCACUCUUUACAAGCAGACGCGAUUGUGGUAUAUGCCGAUCAUAGGCAGUCAGUGGUUUUUAACAAGAACGGGUGAUUGUGCCACAAGCAGUUUAGAAGCCGGUGGUUUCAUUCGCUCAAGAGAUGGUUUAACACAUCCUGACAUUCAACUGCAUUUCUUACCCUUCGCAGUGAAAGACCAUGGUAGAGUGUUUCCAGAUGGACACGCGUAUCAACUUCAUGCUGGCACGUUAAGAGCUACGAGCCGGGGUACACUGAAGUUAAAAUCGAGAAACCCAUUUGAUCAUCCUGAGCUGGAUCCAAACUAUUUGUCAACUGCUGAAGAUGUCAAAGAUUUGAGAGAAUGUGUCAAGCUGUCUCGAGAGAUUCUGGCUCAAGAAGCGUUUAAAACCUUCGACGGUGGAGAGCUACAACCAGGUCCAAGUGUUCAGACAGACGAAGAAAUAGAUUCUUUUGUACGAGAAAUGGGUGACUCAGCUUAUCAUCCGUCAUGCACUUGUAAAAUGGGUCAUCCCGACGACAUUCUCUCAGUGGUCGACUCAGAAGCACGUGUUAAAGGAAUUGAAAAUUUACGAAUUGUUGACGCGUCUAUAAUGCCGUCAGUUGUUAGUGGAAACUUAAACGGCCCAGUUAUCAUGAUGGCGGAAAAAAUUGCGGAUAAAAUUAGAGGACAGUCAUUACCUAAAUCUACAGCGCCGGUGUACGAAACACUCACAGGAAGUCAGCGAUGAUGUCAUAGGUAGAGAGGGUGACUAAUGGGUUGGACUUCUGGCCCAUCUAAAAUUUCCUUCGUCCUCCACGUAAUUCUGCAGUUAUCAAGUUAAGAGCUAAUUUUAGUUUUCACUACGUGUCACGAUUUUGUCACAACAGACUACAAAUCUUUAACUUGUAUAUGUACUGGACAUUUCAUGUCUUUUGUUUACAUUACUGAUUAAAUUAUUCUCAAAUCUCUUA